AUGUCAGUUUCACCAAGAAGCGUGCUAACCAACAUCUCGACGAACAGCCGCCCCGACUGGGCCGAUGAUGUCUCAGACUCCGAACAAUUCGACUCCUCCUCUCUACCUGCACCCGUCACGACAGUCAACAAAGAUGGCACCAAGACGACGAUCUCGUACCGAAUCGACGACCAAGGUCGCAAAGUGAAAACCACCCGCAAAACCCGGACGACAGUGCACAAGGAAAAAGUGAACCCGGUGGUGGCGGAGCGACGAAACUGGGCGAAAUUCGGGCUCGAGAAGGGCAAAUCGAAAGGGCCGCAGCCAGACACCACCACCGUUGGAGAGAACAUCGUCUUCCGACCCAGCAGAGACUGGAAGAACGUGCAGGCCGACGAGGCCAAGGCCGGCGGCGGCAAGGCAGAGGAAAAGAGUCUGAAGGAGCAGCUGCGCGACAAGAAGGUCAAGUGCCGUAUUUGCCAGGGCGAGCAUUUCACCGCCAGAUGUCCCUUCAAGGAUACCAUGGCCCCCGCUGACGACGGCACCACCCCCGUCAACGAUCCCAUGGCCGAGGACGAGGACGGUGGCAAGGCUGCUGGUGGCCUCGGCGUCGGCGGCAGCAGUUACGUCCCGCCCCAUCUCCGAAAAGGCGGCGCGCAGGCGGCUGGUGAACGUAUGGGUGGAAAAUACGAGAGGGAUGACCUUGCUACGCUGCGUGUCACGAAUGUGUCCGAGAUGGCAGAAGAACAGGAACUGCGCGAUCUUUUCGAACGGUUUGGCCGUGUCACGAGAGUGUUCCUGGCUAAGGAUAGAGACACGGGCCGUGCCAAGGGUUUUGCUUUUAUCUCUUUCGUUGAUCGGUCGGACGCCGCAAGGGCAUGUGAGAAGAUGGAUGGUUGGGGCUACAGGCACCUGAUUCUCAGGGUGGAAUUCGCAAAGAGGACCACCUGA